AAGAACAACACUGCUGCUAAGUUCACAUCAGUAUAUGUUCUGUCAUAAAAAAUAUUUGUAUUUAUGUCAUAAAUUUUAUGAUGUUUGUGCAUUUGUAGCCCCAAACAGGCAACUGAAAAUCUUAGUAGGUACUUAAAGGGUAUUUUUAAUAUACCUACCUAUGAAAAAUUCAGUUUAAUAAAAACGGAAAUAUUUUGUCUUAAAGGCAAAAAAAAUUGUCCAAAUAUAGUAUUUUCAAAAUACAAAUCAAUUCAUGAGUUGAGAACAAAUGGCCUAUGUUUGUACAAUGAGUAGGCAACAUAAUACAUCAAUUCCUGAUUAUGAAUCUGAAGAAGAGACAAAAUAUGUUUUGAAUGAACAUACAUCUGAAAGCAAUAACAAAAGGAUAAAGAUAGACAACAUAAUUGAAGAUAUUUCAGUUGUAACUGGAUCUAAUAUACAUAAAUGCAUCCCUUGGGAACAUCUAGAUUGUAUAAGAACGAUACAAAACCAACAAGCAGAGAUAAUUGAACAAAAUAAAACAAUACAAAAGCGACAAUUAAUAAAGAUUGAACAAAAUAAAACCACACAGAGGCAACUGGCAGUGCUAAUUGAACAAAAUGAAACAAUCAUUGAACAAAACCAAGUAAUUAUAAAUGAAACUUCUCAAUUAAAAGAGAAAGAGGAUAAACAAUUGUCAGAAAAUCUCCUAGAUCCUCCCUCUGGUUUUCCUUUAACAACUUUGGAACAAUUUGAUGAGUUAAAUUCUGAUCUAAAUAUGGAAGGACGUCGUCAAUUGUAUAAAUAUUUAAUUAAUUGUGGGGGAACCACACUAAGGGAGUUUUUAAACCGAGCCCUUAAAAUAAUCAUGACAGAUGAGUUGGUAUGCAAUUUUACCUGGCUUGGGGAUAAGACCAAUCGAGGGUUUGGUAAUACUAAAGUUUCCAAUGUUUUAAAACAAGCAGCCCAAAAAUGCUUGAAAACUAAAGGUCCUCAGGAUAUUGAUCAUUUUAAAAAAGAAAUGUUGGAAGUAUUAAGAGUUUCCAAACAAAGACAUAGAUUGUUUUUGAAAAAAACAUCGGAGACAAACUCGAGAAUAACGAUAACAAAAUUUGAAGAAGUAACCUAUAAUGAGCUCUAUUGAAAUUCUGAUUUUGCGGACUAAGAAUAUUGUAAUUAUUUUUGUACAAAUACAUAUUUAUAUCAUACUGUUAAUAGAUGUCAAUACCGGGAUCCUGUAAAAAAAAUCGAUCCCGAAAAUCCCGGGACAAUAGCCUCAAUCCCGGGACCUUCAUAAUAAGUUAUGAAGAAUUAAAUAUAUUUUGGCAUUAAUUGUUAAUUGUAUUAUUUAACUUUUUGUGGGAUUUUUUAAGUUAAAAAUAAUGGUGUUUGAGUUGCCACAGGUGAUUUUAAAGGAUUUUGGGCGUCUUGCUCUG